AUUUUUUUUUUCAAUUCAUAUAUUUUCGGCUCAUACAGAAAACCCCACACUAGCCUAUAGCCUGUCCCCCAGCACGCAUGCUCUACAGUGAGUGAACUCAUUUCAUCAUCGUGGACGCCUGUUUUAGACCCUUUUCUCUUUAUACAGAGGCAGCAUUGAGGCCACUUAAAUAUACAGCCAUCAGAAAUGGAAAGAGUGAAAAGGGACUGCGUGAUGGACAUGGCAGACGCAGAACUGCAGACUUUCACGUCUAUAAUGGACGCGCUGGUGCGCAUCAGUUCCAAUAUGAAGAGUAUGGAGCGGGAGCUCCGCUGUCCGGUGUGUGAGGAGAUGAUGAAGCAGCCGAUUGUGUUGCCAUGCCUGCACAGUGUGUGUGUGUUGUGUGCAGCAGAGGUGUUGGUGCAGAGAGGUUACCCUCCUCCUGAACUCCCGCAGGAGCCCAACACACCCACCUCAAGCCCCAGCACCCGCUCACCACGACACGCUCGCCGACCACCACCCAAAACUGACCGCCUUGAGCGUGUGCUCAAAACAGUAUGUGGCACCUAUCCGGGCCGGAGACGGAAAGACACAAUUCCUCUGAAUAUGUUGUUUCCAUGUCCCACUUGUUGCCGGGACGUAGAGCUGGGAGAGCGAGGCCUUGCCGACUGCCUACGCAAUCUCACACUGGAGCGUAUAAUUGAGAGGUACAGACAGACAGUGAGUCUAGGCAGCAUGGCAGUGAUGUGUCAGUUCUGCAAGCCCCCUCAAGCACUGGAGGCCACUAAAGGCUGCGCUGACUGCCGGGCCAAUUUCUGUAACGAGUGUUUUAAGUUGUACCACCCCUGGGGUACCCCACGUGCCCAACAUGAGCACAUUCUGCCCACACACAGUUUCAGGCCCAAGCUGCUGGUGUGUGUUGAGCACGAGCAGGAGCGGAUGCAGUUCUACUGUCGUUCGUGUCAGCGUCUGUUGUGUGCACUCUGUAAGCUGCGUCGUGUUCACAACGGGCACAAGGUCAUGCCCAUAGCACAAGCCUACCAGACUUUAAAGGAUAAAAUUACUAAGCAGAUGAACUACGUUCUGGCUCAUCAAGAGAGGGUGCAGGCCCAAAUCACUCAAGUGGAGAGUGCCAUCGCUCAGACAGAGGUGAACAGUGCUGUUGCUAAAGAAAAGCUGAAUCAGUGUGUGAACAAUAUGCGUGAAGAGCUGGCUGAUCGGCAGUGUGCUCUGAUCAAAACUCUGGAGGAGACUCGUGUUCAAAAAUCGGAAGCUCUAAACACACAACUUUCAGAGAAACAGAGUCUGCUGGACAAUGCAGGGCUCGUCAUGUACACGCAGGAGCUACUGAAAGAAAACGAUCAGCCAUGCUUCGUGCAGGCCGCCAGAGUCACCCACAACCGGUUGGUUACAGCCAUAGAGAACCUGCAGCGCUUCUCCCUCUCUGCAGAUCCCUCAUUUCGCCGUUUCCAUGUGGACAUCUCCAGAGAGCUCAAGCUACUCAGCAGCAUGAAUUUCAUACAAGCUCCACUGGCUCCUGUAAUCGACACCCAAAAGACUUUGGCCUAUGAUCAGCUGUACCUGUGCUGGCGCCUCCCACAGGACUCUGCUCCCGCCUGGCACUACUCCGUGGAGUAUCAGAGGAAAGAUGGCAGAGAUGGACCUUUGUGGGGCGGGGUCAAAUCUGAAGGCUCUGGAGGCCCCAACAGUCCAUGGCAGCGCAUGGAUGAGGUGGGCGGGACUAGUGCAGUGAUUGACAGACUGGAGAUGGACAGCGUGUAUGUGCUUAGAGUGAGAGGCUGCAACAAGGCGGGUUUUGGGGAGUACAGCGAGGAAGUGUAUCUACACACACCGCCUGCACAAGUGCUGUCAUUUUGUCUGGACUCUCGCUGGGGACUCCAUGCUGAGCGUGUGGCACUGGGUAAGGGGCAGACGUAUGCCCGUAGCGUGCCUGGUCUCACUCUCCUGCAGGCCGCCGACCGCGCCCUCACUUCCUUUCAUCUGACCUCUGACCUCCUGGUGGCGGAUGUGUCAAUCACCCAGGGUCGUCACUACUGGGCAUGCUCAGUGGAGCCUGGUUCAUACUUAGUCAAGGUUGGUGUUGGUCUAGAGACAAAGCUUCAAGAAUGGUUUCACUUACCACAGGACAUGGCAAGUCCCCGAUAUGAUCCUGAUAGUGGGCAUGACAGUGGAGCAGAGGAUGCCCAGGACUGUCCACCUCCAUUCUGCUUCCUCACCAUGGGCAUGGGUAAGAUUCUCAUGCCCAAGUCAGGGGCAUCUAAUGGCAUGUCUGGCCCUCUCACUGCACCUCUGCCCCCACGCCUUGGCGUAUGUCUGGACUUUGAUAAAGGAUGCAUUACUUUCUACGAUGCCCACUCGCUGCGAGUGCUGUGGGACGGGACUGUUGAUUGCUCCGCCCCUGUUUGCCCAGCCUUUUGCUUCAUUGGUGGAGGGGCACUGCAGCUGCAGGAGCUAAUAGCCAAUCACAGCACGGAGCAAGCCCCGCCCAGGAGAGUCACCAUUCAAUCACAUGCAACACAUCUGAGUAACUGAAGCCAUAAAAUGUUCUACAGGAAACACGUCACUGUCAAGCACCUUUAAAUGUGGUCUUUUGUUAGUUUUUAUAAUUUAUUUAUUUGGUAUUUACAAUUUAUGUUCAAUUUUUUUAUUUUGGUUUAUGCCCUACAGUCAGGGCUUUACAUUAAGAGUUGCUCCUGCAUUAUGCCUAGAAACUGCAGCAUGCAGAUGAUCAUGAUUUCAUGAUGCUGCCCUUUAUGCUAAAAAUAAAGUAUGUCCAGUCUGGUGCAUGAACUCACCCAUAGGCAUAAAUCACGAAUGAUGCAUUUCUGUUGAAUGAUGGGAAUGAUGAUUUAUAAGCUAUUUUUACACAUUUAGCCUGUGAAGCACCUAAAAUGGAUAUGUUAAUAAUUUGUACAGGCUUUGACUGAUAUCAAUGUUUGCCUUUUAUAGGACUGUAUAGUUGCCACAUUUAGGUCUGUCUCCAUUUGUUUAGAUCAAGUCUAAAUUUAGUUUUGGUGUCAUAGUCAUGAGAGUCUCGUGCCACUGUUUUGUGUGGAACACAGUUAGAGCAUCGAAUACCUGUCGAAAGCUGUGCCCCAGUUUGCCCUGCGUUUUGCUUCAUUGGUAGAGGGCUGAUCACAGCAGGCCCAAACCAGGAGAGUCACCAUCCAGUCACAUGCUACAUGUCUCUAACUGAAGCCAUUAAUGUUUGUAGUACAUGUGUGUUCUAGAUGUAACAUUUAUGUCAGAAUCAUCUUGGUAUAUGGCAAUUUCUGAAAAUGAUGUCACUCAAAUUAUCGUAUUUUUAAGAAUAUGUGGCCUAAAUGUUUAAUUUCACAACAAAGCUAUUUACUGUGAUCUGUCAGCAGUACAAUAUGAAAAAGAACAAUUUUAACAAAUUUUAAUGUAACAUCACAAUAUUACAGUUGUUAGUAUAUCACAAUGUCAUGUCUCAGAUAAAUAUACAGUAUACAAAGUAGAAUACAGUAUUUAAUGACUAAAUAUGUAUGUUUAUUACUGACACUGAUUUUAGGAAAGCAUGUUAAAAAUAACUUCCAUAAAAUGCAAAAGUAUUUUUAAAACAGAACAGAAAUCCAUGUCUAUGUUUAAAUAUCCAAAAUGAUCAAUAUCAGUUCCGUGUUUCUGCUUAUGGAAAUACCCUAAAAUGAAUAACUGAAAUGCAAUGCUGGUGUUUACUCAGGCCUUUAAAGUCACAACUAAAUGUGAAACUAUUGGAAAAAGUUGUUUUUUUAUUUUAUUUUUUUUAUUAUACUACAGAAUUUUUUUUUUCAGCAGCUCUGUUCCAGUUGCAAAGUAUAUUACAUUCUAAUACAUUAUCCUUUCAAUAGUAACAGCUCAUUCCCAGGAAUGUGUGUUGUAGACAAUUCAAAAAGUGUGUAAUUGCUGAUAUGCUGAAGUGUCAGCACUUUGUAACAGAGGUAAAGCUGUAACUUUUUUUUCCCUGACACGGGAAAGUCUUCAGGGCUUUGUGGUUUCUCUGUGACAUGACAAGAUGCAUUUUUUUGUCUUAUUAACUUCACAUGAGAGAAAAAAAAUAGAAGAGACUCUGUUGAGGGAACAACUGUUUAUAGCUGCUGUAACAGCUUUGCAGACAUUAAACAACAUUAAAUGUAACUAUAAAUGAAUAAAAUGUAUGAGGUUCUUUAAUUGAUAAAAAAUUUGCAGUUGUUGAAAAUUGCUGCGGUAGAACAGGAAUAAAACUCGUCAGGCAGGACAUGUUGUUAUAGGAAAUAAUCAUCUUCAGGGUGGUAACGUAUCACACCACCCUGUCAUUUUUUUAUUGCUUAGUUAACAUACUGUCCAUAGACAAACAGUACUGUGCAAAUGGCUUAGGCACCCAUUUUAUUUCAUUUUAUUUUUUUUUAUUUUACUGUAUGUCCUUUGCAUUAGAGUGUCAGUGGAAAUAAUCAAAAAUGAUGCUACAAGGAAUCAUUUGUAGGUUAAAGAAAGGAGAAUAUUCAGUAAUAAAUCACUUUUCAAAUGAAAACAUCAUUGACACUGUCUAGAAACAAGAACCAAAGUCUGCAGAAGAGCUGUGACAGGUUCUUCAAGAUGCUCGGAACAACCUACGAUCUAACUUCCUUAUAAAAACUUCCUAGAACUGAUGCAGUUUUAAAUGCAAAGGGUGGCCUCCUUUUUCCUGCUACUUCCAGUCAUUUGCUUAAUAUAUGGAAAUUAUAGAAUUUAUGGAAACUUAGAAUAUAUAGAAACUUUUAAUUUAGUUAUUUUUAAAAUGAUCUUUGCUUCACAGAAUUUCUUUACAUGUGACCAAGACUUUUGAACAGUACUGUACAUCAUGUGUGUAUACAAGAAAUUUGCUUGCAUAGGAAAUAUAUAAAUGUGACUUUCUUUAGACUUCACUUUAAUAAGGCAGUAUGAACUGGAUAUUUCGAAUGACAUGCUUGCAUAUGAUAUCUCUCUGCCUAUCAUAACGUUCAUCAUUCUUUUUUUAAUCAACCCUUAAACAUGCAGCACAGUUAACAAAUAAAUUAUAAACACAAGAUUGCCAUUUUUGAACAUGUGAUCUGCAAUAAUAUUCAAUAAUAUUAAUUCAGUACUACAAUACCACACAAGAAGGGUUAUUACUUCAUCUGAUGUCAUGAAAACAUAGCAAGAAUCCAGGAAGAACAUUGUAAUGGUACAUUCCAAAGGUGUACUUACUGGCAGAUGUGCUUUAUGAAUUCAAUAGUGUUUGUGUAUUCCCAUGAGCACUUCCUCAUACUUUUUGUCUGUCAUCACUGUAUAGUUCAAUAUAAUGGUUGGGUAUUAAAGAUUUGUUCUUUUCAAAAAUAAA